GGAACAGGAAGUGUAUGAAUAGAGAUACAGAUUGAGCUUGUGUGCAGCGGGUCUGGCUGAAUGCAGGGAGAGAGCUUGCUGGAUUAGAGUGGAAACAGUUCAUCGGCCAUAAUGCCAAGUCCAAGAGUAUCAAGAGCUGCCAACAAUGCUGCUAAUCCCAUGAACAAAAUAGAAUUCAUGUCCUUACUUACAAACAGGACAAAUUCUUCAGAUCCCGUAUCUGUCAGGCAUAGGGCAUCCGACAGCCCGGUUCACCGCAAGGACUCCUUCAACUCCACUUCAUCGACUUCCUCACAGCAGCAACAGCAGCAGCAGCAGCAGCUUCCAGAAGAAGACUGUAUGAAGCUAAACCCAUCUUUUCUUGGCAUUGCUCUUAGUUCAUUGCUGGCUGUUGACUUGUGGUUGUCUAAGACGAUUGGGGUAUGUGCCAGGGAGGGCUCCUCUUGGGGCAGUGCCCGUCCUUUGAUGAAGUUGGUAGAGAUUUCUGGGCAUGGUAUUCCAUGGAUUGCUGGCACCCUGUAUUGCCUGUACAAAAGUGAUAGCAAUGCUGGACGUGAGGUCAUUCUUAACCUACUAUUUGCUCUGCUGCUGGAUUUAGUCCUUGUCGGCAUUGUAAAGGGGAUAGUGAAGAGACGAAGACCAAUUCACAAUCGCAUGGACAUGUUUGCUACUUUCUCUGUGGACAAGUAUUCUUUCCCUUCAGGGCACGCCACACGUGCAGCUAUGGUGUCCCGCUUCAUGCUUAACCAUCUGGUGCUGGCAGUGCCCGUAAGGAUUCUAGUGAUGCUGUGGGCCAUUGUGGUCAGCUUGUCGAGGGUCAUGCUGGGUAGACACAAUGUGACUGAUGUGCUCUUUGGAUUCUUUAUGGGCCACAUGCAGUAUAGUCUGAUUGAGUACCUCUGGUUGUCACCAAGUACUUUACCUGCCCUAUUCAGAAUGUGAAGUCUCUGGGGAAAAAGUAUCUUAAGGUGGUGGUGUCACAGAAACCUCAUUUUCAUUUCCUAUGGAUAUGACAAGGGUCUUCACUGCAUCCUGCAGCUUUUUAUACGUGGCCUAAAAUCAUAUUAUUAAGAGGUCAGGUAUGCGCAGCACUUAGGCUACUACUGGGAGAAAAUUAGAAUAUAAUAGCCUCAAGAGACAUUGCAAUCUAAAUACAUAUACUGUCCUGCAAUGUUUAUAUGUACAGCAUGGACAUCACAUAAUCUUGCAGGAAGAAAGCACUGUGGAAAAUGUAAUUUAAUUGUAAUUUAAAUUUAGUUUCUAUACUUAAUGAUAUUUUGUGGGCUUUAUUUUGUAUUCUGUGAAAGUAAUUAAUUUUGGUCAGAUUUUUAGUUUAAAGGCAAACUAUUAGCCUUUAUUGCUGAAUCCUGUUUUCCUAAUGUGCUUUGGUUCUGUUCUCUCUGGCCUGCACAGGUCGGAGUUGGAGGUUUUAGAGUACUUAAUUAUUGUCAAGUAAUGUUUGAACCUUGGGCAAAGCAGGUGGGCCUGGGUCCCAGCAAUACAUUGCACCAGGUGUGUUCACUAUGUGAUCCUUUAGCAAGUAUUUGAAAUGCAGUUUCUAGCAACAGCUUCUGCCAUUUUAGGAGAUUAUGAGAGUAAUAGCUAGAGCCCACAGCUUGGCAGCACUGAUGUAAAUGCCAACAUUAUCAUUUAUUCUAACUUUACUAUGGACAUUUUAGCCCAAGAGGGACUUUGGAUAUAUACCCACCCUGCCCUAUUAUUUGAUAUUAAUAACUCUUUAAUUGGAUCAUUUGAAUCUACAUAUAAAAUAAGAAAAUAUUCUGUUUUUUAGUUGUUGGUGUAAUGAGUAGCAGGAGAAGGCCAAGCUGUCCAUGUAAUGAAUAAGUAGACCAUUCUGUUUACUGGGAACAUUGUUCCUACCACCAGCAUAUCUUUAAAACUUGCCAUGCUUAUGCCAACCUGCCUUAAUGAUAACAAGAAUGGAACUUCAUACUGUGGGAAUAUUUGGCCACAUAAUGUCCAAAGCAGAGCCAUAUGCGGUCACUGUAAUAUGAAACGGAUGUUUUGCUUGCUUGUUGGGGGUAUGUAGUAGCAUGCAAUGUUUUCUCUGGUCUGAUGCACAUAGAAUAAAGAAAGCAAACAUCUUUGCUCAGGAAGACUUUGCAUACCCCCAACUGGGCUGAUUUAAGCUAUGAGCAUCAAUGUCAUGUUGGUAAGAUCAGUGUUCCUACCAUAUGGGACGUAAUAUACCCUUUCAAUUUCCAUUAUUUCCACUACAUUCCUCAUGACAUAGGCCAGUGUACUGAUGAUUUAACCCACAAAAGGACCUGCUGUUUUCUAGCUAUAACAUAAUUAUUUUAAGAGAAUACUGUGAUUCAUGUAAAGAAUGACCUAAUGAGUUUCAAAUAGGGGGAAAGCAAGAGAUUAGCACUGGCUACAUUUAAUGUCUUCUGAUAGCGACCCAAACUAAUGUAUGUUAGUGAGGCUGCACCUAUCAGCUUUGCUGCCUAUUGGGCCUUGUGGUGUGCAGCAGCACUAAUAGGGAUGGACAUACAUUGUCAGAACAGUCACAACUCCUGGCCCAGUUGCUUCUGUUUUCAUAAAGAGAUGGAAAUUCAUACUGCCCCCAACUUCCCACCCUUAGGUAUUAUAAGAACCUACAUAACCGUGUAGUGCAGUGUAUAGUGCAUUUGAGUAUUAAAGUGGAGUGUGGAGGAGUGCCGUAAUAAUAAUGUAGCUUUACAUUUUUAUUGGUGAGGACUGUUCAUUUUCUUUUUUAUUAGAAGAUUUCAUAUAUAUAUAUAUUUCUGGUGCAGAAGAAAUAGUUUGGUGGCAUGCUUUAAUUUUAUAUCUCAUAUGAUCAUUUUAUAGACACAGUACACUCCUUUAUUUUUAUGGUUUUUUAUGUACAUGUUUCAUGAUAUAUAUUUCAUAUACAGGUAAUGGAUCUGUUAUUUGAAAAUUUCGAGACCAAAUAAGAGGUGUUUGUGAAAUGGAGCACUGUGCCUUAAAGAUACUUGCAAACAUUAAAACAUGAAAAAAGGGACUGUUUUUCCAUUAUAAAGGCUUUGUGCUGGGUUAGUUACCAUCACGUGCAAGGUAAAACAAAUUUGUUUUAAUAGGGGAGAAAUGGCACUGCUUAUUUCCAAGCUUUCUGGACAGCAGGUUUCCAGAUAAUAGAUCCUGUACCUGUACUAAAAUCUCAUGUCUGUAACAGAUAACAAACACUUAUGUGCUUUUGAACACAAACCCUGGACUUUGCUGGAGCAGUAAUGUUUUAAAUGAAAAAAGUUCAUUCCUUUUUUGAUUUUCUAAGAGGCAGACUUGCCGCACAAGCCAAAGGUCUCCUGUUUCGGUGAUCCCAGACCUCUGAGCUGUUAGUGGCUCACAUGACUGAGCUUGCCUAGGCUAAAUGUUGCCCUAAGUAUAUACAGCCAGUAGCUAUAGAAGAGAUUUCUUACAGAUCACACAUUUUAAGAGGUUUGGGCACAAUUGUGUUAGUUGUUAAUAGCGUAGCUUUAUUCAAAAUAAAGGGCCCUUUCGCUUGGUUGUUCCUGGGUAAUAUAAGCCCCUCUUGAAUAGAUAGCAGAGAUUUGGUACAGUAAAUGAUGGUUUCUGUAUCAUUGCAUGUUUGGCUAUUGACAUAGCAAAUCUCAAUUGUAAAAAUGUCUACUUUUAUUUUUUCACAUUUUAAUUUAUUUCCAAAUAAACUGAUGAUAUACCAAAUAAA